GGAAGCAGCGUAAGGCGUAGCGGGUGGGCCGGGCCGGACGGCGGGCGCUACGGAGGCGGUGUAAGGUUGCCGGGCGGAGACGGAUCUUCGCGGCCAAAACGCGCUAAGCCGGCGGAGCAUCGCGGCUGGCGCGAAGGGGCCCUUGGUGCCCUCCGGUGGAACUUGUGGAUCAACCGACUGAGGGCCGGCACCAGGGCCGCGCCCGCCUAGACCGACCGCGAGCGCUGAGGAGGCGCCGCCGGCUUGCUAAGCCCGCUGCCCUUUCUCCGGUGUGGGCACUCUCCUCUCUCCAUGCUUCCAUCCGUGUGCCACCGGCCAGAGGUAACCAGGCCCGGCUCUCUACGUGGCCGCUGUCAGGGGGGCCAUGGGGAGCUCCGCCUCCUCCCUGGCUGCCGAGACGGAGUCAGACCACGGCUUCCCUGGGGGGCCACCCUACCCAGGGCCCCCAGCAGCAGCUGGCUGGUGUAGGAGCGGCCCUGGGGAGACUGUUUGGGGAAGUGCUCUGGUCACCAGACAGCAUCCACGACCCAGGGCCCGAAGCCACACUCAUUCUCCUGGGUCUAUGGCCACAGUUGGGGAGUGGUCCUGUGCGCGGUGCACCUUCCUGAACCCUGCCGGCCAACGCCAGUGCUCCAUCUGUGAGGCCCCCCGACAUAAGCCAGAUCUUGACCAGAUCCUUCGUCUCAGCGUUGAAGAGCAGAAAUGGCCCUGUGCACGCUGUACAUUCCGGAACUUUUUAGGCAAAGAGACUUGUGAAAUGUGUGGCUUUACCCCAGAGCCUGUUCCUGGAGCCCCUCUGCUGCCCAUUAUCAAUGGGGUCCUGCCCAAGCCACCCACCAUACUGGUGGAGCCAAAGGGCAACAGCAAGGAGGAAGCAGGCCCAGUGCGGACAGCAGGCCUAGUGGCCACAGAACCAGCCAGAGGGCACCCUGAAGAAGGAGGAGGAGGAGGGGGAGGAGGAGGAGGGGGAGGAGGAGGAGGAGGAGAAGAAGAAGAAGGAGAAGAAGGAGAAAAGGAGCAGGAGGGCGAGGGGGAAAGGGCAGAGCCUGGUAGUGGCUGGGCAUGCCAGCGCUGCACACUGCAUAACACACCAGUGGCCAGCUCUUGCUCUGCCUGUGGGGGACCCCGGAAACUGUCAUUGCCUCGCAUCCCCCCAGAGGCCCUGGUGGUUCCCGAGGUUGUAGCCCCUACUGGCUUUCAUGUCGUUCCUGUUCCAUCGCAGCCCGUCCUCCCUGGGGAAGGUGCUGAGGCUGAUUCACCUUCUACUAGCCAGGGUCCCACCUCCACUGACCAGGAACCACCUAGGGUACCACUCUUCAGCCCCUUCUCACCCACCCUACAGAACAACCCUGUACCCAGAAGCCGCCGGGAGGUCCCCCCUCAGCUUCAGCCACCUGUGCCUGAGGCUGCUCAGUCCUCAGCCUCCACAAGCUCCAAAGGGCUCCAGCAGGGCCCCGGAAGAGCUGCAGCUGCAUCGGGGGCCUCCCGCCUAGCUGAGCUGCUCUCAGGCAAGGAGCUGCUGCCAGGCAAGCGACUGAGUGUGUUGGAGGAGGAGGUCCCAGAGAGCAGCCCUGCCCGCUGCGAGUCGUGCAGUGACGUCAUUGACCUGGCUGGGGACAUUGUGCGCUACACACCUGCCAGCCCCUCCAGCCCUGACUUCACCACCUGGAUAUGUGCCAGAUGUACAUUUAGGAACCCCACAACGGCCUCCAGGUGUUCAAUGUGUGGCAGCUCCAAGCUGCAUGGUUUCCAGGAGCACAGUGAGCCUCCUACCCACUGCCCCGACUGUGGUGCCAACAAGCCUGGCCCCUGUGUGGGCUCCUGUGGACGCACUCCCUCAGCACACAAGGCUGCUCGUCUCUUGCCUGAUCGCCUGGGUCUAUGGGCCUGCCCUGCCUGUACUCUGAUCAACACACCUCGGGCCAAGCACUGUGCGGCCUGCCAUACGCCACAGCUUCUGGUGACCCAGUGCCGGGGGGCUACCCCUCUGAGGCGCAGGGAGAGCAUGCAUGUAGAGAAGCGGAGGCAGACAGAUGAGGGCGAGGCCAAGGCGCUCUGGGAGAACAUAGUGGCUUUCUGCAGAGAGAAUUGUGUGAACUUUGUGGAUGACAGCUUCCCCCCCGGGCCUGCAUCUGUCGGCUUCCCAGUGGGUGACAGCGUCCAGCAGCGAGUGAAACAGUGGCUGCGGCCCCACGAAAUCAACUGCUCUGUCUUCAGGGACCACGGCACUCCGUGGUCAGUCUUCCACACCCUGAGGCCCUCUGACAUCCUACAGGGGCUGCUGGGGAACUGCUGGUUCCUGAGUGCGUUGGCAGUACUGGCUGAACGUCCUGACCUCGUGGAGAGGGUGAUGGUCACACGUAGCCUAUGUGCAGAGGGUGCCUACCAGGUGCGGCUGUGCAAAGAUGGCACAUGGACAACAGUGCUGGUGGAUGACAUGCUGCCCUGUGAUGAGGCUGGGUUUUUGCUCUUCUCACAGGCACAGCGGAAGCAGUUGUGGGUGGCCCUCAUUGAGAAGGCACUGGCCAAGCUGCACGGCUCCUACUUUGCCCUCCAGGCAGGGCGUGCCAUUGAAGGACUGGCCACACUAACUGGAGCCCCCUGUGAGAGCCUGGCGCUGCAGGUCAGCUCCACUAACCCCCGAGAGGAACCCGUUGACACUGAUCUCAUCUGGGCCAAAAUGCUGAGUUCUAAAGAGGCUGGGUUCCUCAUGGGUGCCUCCUGCGGGGGAGGUAACAUGAAGGUAGAUGACGCUGCUUACGAGAGCCUGGGUCUGCGCCCCCGCCACGCUUACUCUGUCUUGGAUGUUCGUGAUGUUCAGGGCUCCAGGCUCCUGCGACUCCGGAACCCAUGGGGCCGUUUCUCCUGGAAUGGCAGUUGGUCAGAUGAGUGGCCACACUGGCCAGGGCACCUGCGAGCUGAGCUCAUGCCACACGGCAGCAGUGAGGGUGUCUUCUGGAUGGAGUAUAGCGACUUUAUCAGGUACUUUGACUCUGUGGACAUCUGCAAGGUGCACUCAGACUGGCAAGAGGCGCGGGUCCAGGGCUGCUUCCCAAGCACUGCCAGCGGGCCUGUGGAGGUGACGGCGCUCACGGUGCUGGAGCGCGCCUCGCUCGAGUUUGCCCUCUUCCAGGAGGGCAGCAGGCGCUCGGAUUCCGUGGACGGCCACCUCCUGGAUCUGUGCAUCCUAGUGUUCCGGGCCACUUUUGGCACUGGUGGCCGCCUGAGCCUGGGCCGCCUCUUGGCCCACAGCAAACGUGCUGUUAAGAAGUUUGUGAACUGUGAUGUCAUGCUGGAACCUGGGGAGUAUGCUGUGGUAUGCUGUGCCUUCAACCACUGGAACCCUGCUCCACCAGGGCCCCCAGCCCAGGGUAAGGGCCCCAGCCAGAUGAGGCCCACACCCUCCUUCCCAACCUCCGAGCCCCAAAGCCCACCCACGGGAAAGCUGCUGGCUCCCUUAUCCACACCCCCCACAGCCUCCAGCCCCUCAGCAGGGGUCCCCCGAGGUGCCCCCGAGCCACCUGGCCACGUACUCGCAGUGUACAGCUCCAGGCUGGUCAUGGUGGAGCCGGUGGAGGCGCAGCCAACCACACUGGCCGAUGCCAUCAUCCUGCUCACUGAGAGCCGGGGCGAGCGGCAUGAGGGUCGAGAGGGCAUGACCUGCUACUACCUGACUCAUGGCUGGGCGGGGCUCAUCGUGGUAGUGGAGAACCGGCACCCCAAGUCCUAUCUGCAUGUGCAAUGUGACUGCACCGACAGCUUCAAUGUGGUGUCCACACGUGGCAGCCUGCGCACCCAGGACAGUGUACCACCGCUGCACAGGCAGGUCCUGGUGAUCUUGUCUCAGCUGGAAGGCAAUGCUGGAUUCUCUAUCACCCAUCGCCUGGCACAUCGCAAGGCAGCCCAGGCCUUCCUCAGUGACUGGACAGCCUCUAGGGGUACCCACAGCCCCCCACUCACACCUGAUGUGGCUGGCCUACAUGGACCCCGGCCACUGUGACUGCAGUUCCCUAGGGCAAGGGCUGUGUGCAGAUCUACCCACCUGCCCCCCUACAUGCACUUUAUGAGGGAGACCCCCAAUGGAGGAUGCUUGAACCAGAAUCUCAGGACCCUGCCCAGGGAGCCGCCAGCCACAGGGUGCAGCCUCCCUUGGGCCUCCCUCCCCUCCUAUCCCACCCCACUACCCUCAGUACCCCACCAGGUCUCCCAGCUGCCAUGCAGAAUACCUCGAACCGGGUGGGCUUCAUUCCAGUACUCCUGUCUUGAGCCCUGGGGACAGCUUCAGAUGGCCAAGGCCCAAAGGGGGCAGCCCUGUGAAUAUGGGAUCACUUAUUACGGAGAGGCAGCCCAGAUAAAUGUUUGCAGAACCAGUAGGGGUAUUAGAGGCCAUGCCCUGCAGUGAGAACCUGGGCAACCCUUUGUUGGGGCUCAGAUCUGCUUCUCCCCUUGGUUUGUUCCCAAGCCCAGCUCCCUGCCCUAAUGAUCAGGGUCCUGAUAGCCCUGGCAUAUGAGCAGUGCAUUGCAGGAAGCAGAUGCCUGGUGGCCAUCGGCCAGGGCCUGGGGACAGCUACACCUCCUGCAACACUAUGCAAUUCCUGGAGUUCCUGCCAGGAUCGAAGCCAUGAUGGGGCCACAGGCCAGGAGCCAGGCCCAGCCCUGCUGUCUGGAGAAGCGCUUUGUCCUUAGUUUCCCUGGCCACAGUCAGCUCUGCCCAUGGCCUCAGUCUGUCCACAAAGAGGGAUAUCCCCUACUCCACAGGCACAUGUAAGGUGUAACUGACUACUCCCUAGGUGAGGGAGCCAAGCUGCCCACCUGCCCAGCAUUCCCCCAGCUGCUUGUCAAGAUCAGAGCCUUUACCUGCCACAUGGAUGCCUGAGUCAUUUCCUGGGUCCCCCUGGCUGCCACUGUCCUGCAGCCCCUAGGUGGUGGGCAGCUCCCAUGCCCACUGUCCCUGCCUCCAUGGGGCUUGCUAGGGUUUUAUACCUAGAGAAACAUUCCCCUCCCUCUGGGCCUCCUUUUACUCUGAGCUGUGAGUAUUUUUAACCCUGUAAAUAGGACCAGCUCUUCGGACACAGAGACCAUUUUAUCAGCUGUCAGCCCCUCCCCUGUUCCAUGAUGCACCCCACAGGCCAUUUCCACUCAGGCUCCACGGA